UUUCUCCACCUCACCUCCGAAUUACAUGCUGCAUUGACGAAACAAAAAUUUGAUUUCUCUUUCCCCCUCUUCACAAAUCGCACUAAGAACCCUAUCCGAUUCACACCUCCGUCAAUCUGCCUCCAGUUUCCAGAUAAACGGCUCAACUUUCCCCCAUUUCUUCACUUUGGUCGCCCAAGGGAAAAAAGCGAUUGAUUCGGAUGGAAGGACGGAAUUAGGGGAAAACUCUUGGGACAGUGAAGUUCAGGCCAGACAAGUUUGGGAUUGCAGUGAAAAGUUGAGAUAUAGCACUGGAGCUGCUAAGAACUUAGAUUCAGGUCUAUCUCAUUCAACUGCUACAGCUGACAGCAGAGGCGAAUUUGGUUCGAGUUUGUCAAUUAAUAGGAAUAUACAGAAGGGUAUAGUCGACCUCCUUCCAAAGGAGAAGAUAACAAAUCUUAAAUGAUCGAGAGAAAGAAAGUCCGUGCUACAAAUCGUGAACAACGAGCAAAGGAUUUUAGUCGAUGAAUGCCAAAAUUUGUAUCUUGGUUGGGCUAGUAUUCCAAGAAGGUACUUGAGACAUAAAGGUGGCAUACGAAUCUUACAAAUUGCUUCGGAUUCUACAUCGCCAUCUUCACCUACUUCAGAAUUAUCAAAUCCGCACUAUCCCUCACAGUUUGAGUUCAACUAAUCCUAUUCACAGUCAGAGCUCGACUAUCCUUUCGUGGAUAUGAAAAAGUUUAUAGUGAUGGCUUCACAAGACAAUGCUAAUGAUAAUCGAAUAUAUCUUGUUGGUGCUGUGAUUGCAAGUUCAAUGGCAGGAAUUGCUCUUGCAACACUAGUUUUGUUUCUAUGUAUAAAUAAAGAUACGAGGGAUGAUGAGCAGAAAAAUGUGCAAAAAGACGACAAGCCUCUUCUCAACCUCAACAGUACUGAUUCCCCAGGUUCGAUAGAUAACAAUCGCCCAAUGGGUACACGAAGUAGUUUCAAUUUCAAGGCAACUUCAUCUGUUGGAAAUUCAGUUGCUGCUUCUCAAGCUGUAUCUCCAGGGAUAGACGAUAAUGGGGAGGCUUACGCUAAAAUCCCGUUACCACUUCCCCCAGGAAGAGCAGCGGCAGCUGCCGCUGCUGCUACAUCAACAACUGGUUGUGGUGAUAGUACCAAUUGGAUAAUAGGAGCACCCGCAGCAGGAACAGUAGGGGUGGUGGGAGGAGCUACAGAACCACCUACACCACCAACACCACCUCCACUGGCAAAGGCACCACCACCUCCUCCACCGGUAUUUGGAGGUCCAGCUCCUCCACCGCCUCCUAGAGGCAUUCGUCCACCGCCUAAUGCACCUGGAAAACCUCCCCCGAUGGGACCCCAUCAUCGACAUAAUUCAACAAAUGACUCCAUAGCUUCAGACGAUUCCAUGGCUCCCAAAGCCAAGUUAAAGCCAUUCUUCUGGGACAAAGUAAUGGCAAGCCCGGAUCAUUCGAUGGUCUGGCAUGAGAUCAAAGCAGGUUCUUUUCAAUUUGAUGAGGAGAUGAUGGAAGCUUUGUUUGGAUAUGCAGCAGCUGAUCAAAAGACACAAAAAGGAAAAGAAUCAACGUUAGCUGACUCUUCUAAUCAGUUUAUUCAUAUUAUUGAUCCUAAAAAAGCACAGAACUUGGCAAUUCUUUUAAAAGCAUUGAAUGUGACAUCAAAAGAAGUUUGUGAUGCACUCAAAGAAGGUAAUGAGCUUCCAUCAGAAUUCAUCCAAAAUCUGUUGAAAAUGGCACCAACAGCCGAGGAAGAACUCAAGCUUAGGUUAUAUACAGGAGAUCUAUCUCUAAUUGGUCCGGCUGAGAGAUUCCUCAAGGCCUUGAUUGAAAUCCCAUUUGCCUUUAAACGUUUGGAAUCAUUGUUGUUUGUAAGCACGUUUCAGGAGGAUUUCACUUCAGUCAAACAAUCUUUAACAACUUUAGAGGCAGCAUGUGACGAGCUCAGAAACAGCCGACUCUUCCUUAAACUCUUGGAAGCUGUUCUGAAAACUGGCAACAGAAUGAAUGAUGGAACCUACCGCGGUGGUGCUCAGGCAUUCAAGCUCGACACGCUCUUGAAAUUAUCUGAUGUUAAAGGAACAGAUGGGAAGACCACGCUACUGCAUUUUGUCGUCCACGAAAUAAUCCGUGGAGAAGGAGUAAGAGCUGUUCGUAGAAUGAGGGAGAGCAAGAGCUUGUCCAGUGUGAGGACGAAUGAUCUUAACGAUGAUGCUUCCCAAAACACAGAAGAUUACUACCGAAGCCUCGGCCUUCAAGAAGUUUCUGGCCUCUGCAAUGGUCUCUUGAACGUGAAAAAGGCAGCGGUGAUUGAUCGUGACAUCAUAAGUGAGUACGUGACCAAACUCAGCCAGUCCCGUUUCAAGACGAAAGAAUUUCUUGAGAACGAAAUGAGUAGCUUGGAUGAAGAUAGCAAGUUUCUUGACAUUCUUACGAGAAUCAUUAACCAGUUUGAGAGCGACGCUGCAUGGCUUGCGGAGGAGAGGGAGAGAGUGAUGAACUUAGUGAAGAGCACUGGGGACUACUUCCACGGUCAGUCGGGCAAGGACGAGGAGGGGCGUCUCUUUUUGAUCGUCCGGGACUUCUUAGCGAUGGUGGACAAGGCAUGCCAAGACGUGAAGAGCUCCAUAAAAUUGCCUAAGACGCACAGAAAAGAUGCCUUCACACCAUCAUUAUCGCCUUCGCCGUCUCAAGGGUCGCCCCCGGCCUCUGAGACGACGCAUGAGAUGCAGUCGCGUCUCUUUCCGGAAAUGAGGGAUCGCCAAAUUGACGGUGAAUUCAACUCGGACGAUGAAAUCUAAUCUUUUCCCCGAGGAUCGUUCGACGAGGAUGAUGAGAAGCCACAAUGACAGAAGACAUCCCAAUGUUAAGAGAUCUGAGCAUAUGCAGAAGAAAAGGUUGCUAAGAGGUUCAAAACCUUAACAUUUUUCACAUGGAUCCGAAGUUUUUUGUUAUUAUAGAAUGUAUAGCUUCUCUCUCAUGAGUCAUGUAUACUUUAAUUAAUUAUCUGUUGUCUAUAUUCAAUCCUAACCAAUUUGGCUAUGCCCUUGGCUUCUUUUUAUAUUUGUUCAUCUCUAUUUUGCUUUCAA